AUGGCCUACGAUGGUUAUUACGCAAACCAAUAUCAACCGGGUAACAUGGAUCCGAAUGCAAACGAGCAUGGGUAUCCUCAAGCCCAGUAUCCGUACUACGAGCCAGACCGUUUGAGUAUGCCACAACCGCAGAUGCCGACCGGUCUGCCAACAAACCCAACCCCGGAGCCAUAUAGCUACCCAGAGCCGCAACGAUUUCCUCAGCCGUACCAGCCAAGCUCUGGACAUAUCAACGAGGCAGUGAACUCAGCCGUCAACAGCAGUGGGUCCAACGGCUAUCUGUCGCCCGAGGUACUAUCGCAAAUCACGGCAACCGUCAUCCAACAGCUGAAAACCACCGGGUUGGACAACAACUUACAAGGGUCUGGUGCGCCCCCGCCCCGCUCGCAAUCGCAGCAGCCACCAUGGCAAACAGACUCGCGGCCACACGCAGAGUCCCCGCCCAUCGUGCCCCCGAGGAGUAAUUCAAUUCCCCCGCCCAGCUCGCUGCCUGCAAACGUCGACAAUUUUCAGCCUUACGUUUCGGACUACGAGACUCGUCCAAGCCCGAGACCUACUCCACCACCUGCCGAUAGACGCGCUUCGGUAUCUAGCCAGGGCAGUACGCGAAGCCAUAUGGCUCGCCCCAGACCCCCAGACCGUGAUAUCACAGUCAUGGAGAUGACCACCUUGGAGAAAGUCUGGGGUUCGCUAUUUGAGGAGGAUAAGCGUACGCCGACGAAGAAGUUUGAUCAGUUUUUGCGGGGUAUUGCGGUUCACCUGAUCGAGGACUACGAGCCCAAAAACAGUAUCGUCAUCGUGCCCGAGAAGCUGCAAAAAUUCUAUCUGGACACUCAUGAUCCCGACGAUCCAUAUCCAUGGCAAGAUAUUUUUGAUGAUCGCACAUCUUCGAUUUCGCGGUUAUUCCGGGAAACCAGGGUCGAGCAUCAUCUCGUUCAAAAGAAUGGCGACCUGUCUGAACGCCCCGAUGUGCCUGGUCUGACACCCAAGGGCUUUCAACAAUGGGCAACACUAAUGAUUCUGUCCAACCCAAACCGCGAAUAUGAGCGUCUGGCAAAGGCAGUGCUAAACAUGCCGGUCAGCAACCCAGACGACAAAAAGGAGCGCUAUCCCAAAGACAUCCCCCGCCGACUCUUUCCCGAUGUGCCAGACUUUGAUCUCAGAGAACGGGUCGAAGACCACAUCAUCAAACACUGUGGCGUCGAUCUCCCUUACAUCACCGCCGAGGAACGCUCCCAGGCUGCACAACCUCAAACCCGUCGAUCUCCUACAAUCAAGUCCCCCUCGACCCAGCGAGCUCAUUCUUACGAGCGAGGCCGCCCCCCUCGCACCUCACCCAAGUCGGCAGCAGCAGAGGUUACGCCCGCCGUAAUUGACGACGAGGAUAUUCCUAUCGUCCCCGGUCCUAUCGAGCGUGAACGUAAACCGUACAGCGCAGCUCCAGGCCGCGGUAAAACAUAUGACGAGCAGGGGUCCAGCAGUGCAUCAGGCUCGUUCUCGACAUCUCGCCCAUCUGCGUCUGCUUCUGCUGCUUCUAUUCCCGAGGCAACAUCCAAGCCACAGCGCUCGGAAUACGACCGUGACUCCCUGUACGCGAGAGACAAAUACUCGCGCGGCUCACGCAGCUCUUCGCGCAGCGUGCAUCGCGAUGGGUAUCGUCAUUCGGAGAGCGAUUUGCCCAGAGAUCGUGAGCCGCGGUAUGCGGGUCUUUCCUCACAGGAUUUGCCAUACGUUGAGUCGCCAGUUUCGGCUGAUGAUGAGGUGAGAAGAUUUCAUCAUCGUGGGGGCAGUCGGGGUGCGGAUGAGGAUUAUUAUCGAUCGGGUGCUAUUGGGGGCCAUGGGAGCUCAUACGGUUAUGAUAAGCACUAUAUGAACGAUCGAUUCUCCAGAGGUUGA